UCUAAAAGUUUGACAAGCAUUUUUUUGGUAAUAGUUAAAAAACAGAACAUAUAAAGGGGGUAACAUGGAUAACCUGGCUGUGGGCCUGGCGGCCUUCUUCCAGCUGAUGGGCUGCUACUUCUUCUUCGCUCAGCCGCAGGAUCGCUGCUCGGCGGCUCCAGAUUUGGCCAGCUGGCUGUUCCUGGCUGCCACGUUGUGUUUCCUGUGGGACACCAGCAUCUAUCCUCGACGAUUUAUGCACAUGGCCCGCUUCUGGCGUAUUCUGAUCGAGAUUGUGGCGUCCAUUUUCCUGGCCGAGGUGGGCACCGUCAUAAUUUGGUGUGGCCUGGAAAGGUUUCUGUACAGCCUGACGAACGAGCUCCUGAAUUUGAUGCAGUGUAGCUGUCAGCCCUCGCCGUAUGUAUAUUGGCUUUCAGGACUAAUUACCUGCUUGGUUAGCGGAUCAGUGCUCUGGUAUGUCCUCGAAGCCACCGACGGCAUGUACUAUAUAAGGAAGUUCUCCCGCAAACUGCGAACCACCAUGGGCGUGUCCUGGCGGAUGUUCCGCUGCUAUAUGAGAUUGAACACGAAGGCUAAGCGUCGGGCAUUAAAGAUAUGCCAAUUAACCAGGAAAAUGCGCCACUGCCGCAAGGCAUCUGCUAAAUAUUCUGAAUCGGAGGACGAUUGCUGUGACUAAUCCUUUUGUAUCCUUUUGGCUACUGUGCUGACCAUGCAAAUUUUGUAUUCUUUCCUAGAACUAUCACUUGUG